AUGAUACCGCAAAGUGAAAAUAACCCUUUGGCCAAGGAUACUUACGUCGAGGAAUCUCAGUUUUCUGAGCACUGCGGCCAGAGUCGUUGUGGUCAGAACCAAACUGCCUUCGAGGUCUACCAAAGAAUCGUGCACCGAUUGCAAGCUAAUACACAAGAAAGUGACUACAAAGCUAAUGAUAGCGAGCUACAAAAGCAGAUUUGGCUAGCCAGCUUUACGGGAAGGCCCAUACAAUAUCAAAGUUAGCUGAAUAACCUUUGUUUAUAUAUUUAA